CAAUCCAUACUUCACCAAAGUAUCAUCAAGCUUUUAUUGAUGCCUAUAAUUAUGAAGUUAUCAAUACAAUUAUACCUCCACUUGACUGUAUUACACAAUGGAAUUCUACUUUUCAUAUGUUGAAUUCUGCAAUUAGAGUUAAAUUAGCAUUAAUUAAACUUAAAGAUAGAAACCAAAAUUUUCCAGAUUUACUAUCUGAAGAUAAAUGGGAACAAGCAAUUCAUCAAUAUUUGUAUAAACCAACAAUUUCAAAAAAUGUAAGGCCACUUGAUUGGUGGAAAUCAAAUUAUCAUCGAUUUUUAAACUUAUCUAAGAUGGCUAAAGAUUUUUUAGCUAUUCCGGCAACAAGUGUGUCAUCAGAGCAAAUUUUUAGUUUAGCUGGUAGAAUUAUUGAUAAUAAUCAUAUUAAUUUAGAUCCAGAUACUAUUGAAGCAUUAAUUUGUCAAGGAAAUUGGUUGACAAAGAAAUUAAUUGUCUAA